AUGGCAGCCCUCAGCGCGCAGCUAUCUCGUUCAGCAGCUCCCAGUCUCAAGUCCGACUUGUUCCGUCAUGAGCCUGUGACUGGCAAGAGGGCCGUCGCUGCUGCUCCUUCGCGCAGGAGAUUCGCGCGCUCGUCGCCCACUCUCGUCGCAACAGUCGCACAGUCGUCGCAAUCGCCGCCGACGUCGCUUAGGGACCAGGCUGACGCGAACGCCGCAGCUGCGAUCCUCACUUCCGUCGGCCCCAGCGACACUUUCGUGCAGAGCCUUGUCGCGAAAUAUUCCCUUCCUGCCCCGUCAGACGCCGCAUUCCCUGCGGCUGCAGCUCUCGGGCAGCUCAGAAAUGCUUCUGCAGAAUCAGCCCGUGUUCUGCGGUGGCCCGGCCGCAAGGAUGAGGAAUUCCGCUUCACAGACUUGAAAUCUCUCCGCGCGAUGCUCGAUAAGGCUUUAGAAAAAGGCGCCGCCACAGGGUCCGAGUCGCAGGUGGUUUCAGCAGACGCUCUAGCGGAAUACACGCUCGAAGAGGCCAAGAAUAGUCGGCUUGUUGUGCUUGACGGCGCUAUCCGGCCGGAGCUGUCGGAUUUGACGGGAAUUCCGGCGCAAAUGACGGUGAAGCUGCUGAGUGAGCUGAAUGCGGAAGAAGUGGAGCGAUUCGUGGCGCCGAACCUUGGCAGGUCCUCCGCGCAAGCGGACCUCUUUGCCGCGCUCAACGGCGCAUCCGCCGCUGACGUCCUCGUUAUUGCCGUCCCCGCUAACGUCAAGCUCCCGAACCACCCCGUCCACAUCGUCUACGCCUCCUCUUCCGCCUCCCCCGGCCCCGCUUCCCCGCGCCUGCUGGUCGUGGCGGAAGCUGGCGCGGAAGUGGAGGUGGUGGAGGAGUUUGUGGGGGGGGCUUCCGCGGGUGGGGGAAAGGGGGAGUGGGUGAACGCAGUGGCGGAGAUUGUGAUUGGCGCGGAGGGGAGUGUGAGCCACGCGGUGAUUCAGAACCAACCCGCUAAAGACUGCUUCAAUAUCAAGAGAACGUUCGUUGCACAGGAGGAGAGCAGCAGGUACUCUCUGGUGGAGGCGCAGCUGGGGGCGGCGCUAUCCAGGCACAACCUGAAGAUGCAGCAGCUGGGGAAGAAGACAGAGACGCACGUGGACACGUUCGCGCUGGCGGGCGGCAGGCAGGUGCAGGAUCUGCACAGUAGCCUCGUGCUGGAUUUCCCGGGCGGCGUGACUCGGCAGCUGCACAAGUGCAUCGUGUCUGACGCCACUGGGCAGUGCGUGUUCGACGGGAACGUCAAGGUCAACAAGCUCGCCCAGCAGACGGAUGCAGGCCAGCUGUCCCGCAGCCUGCUGCUGGUCCCCCGCGGCACCAUCAACGUGAAGCCGAACCUGCAGAUCAUAGCGGACGACGUCAAGUGCACCCACGGCGCAGCCAUCAGUGACCUGGACGACGAGCAGCUCUUCUACUUCCGCACUCGGGGGAUCGACCAGAACACUGCGCGCUCUGCUCUGGUCUUCUCGUUCGCUGCUGAGGUGGUGGAUAAGCUGCCGUACAAGGGGCUGAGGAGGCGCGUGGAGGAGACGGUGAAGAAGGCACUGUCAGCACAGGGAGCCAUGGAGGCGUCUGUUGCUGCCGACCUGCAAGGCGCCACGAUCCGUCGCCGUAACCUGAGCACGGCGCUUCUCCUUCUCUCGUUCGUCCUGCUUUCGUCUCUCCACGCGGCAUUGGCCCUUCGCUUCUCCGCGGGACUCCGCGUGGACAAGAUGGGCGGAAACUUGCGCGCAUGGGUGCGCUGCGGACGGUCUACCUGUAAUAAGCACAAACACGGCGGCGGAAAUGGCGGAAACAGGAAUGGUGGAAAAGGGGGCGAUGGCGGAGGGACUGGUGGUGGCGGAACGGGCGGAGGCGGAACGGGUGGUGGCGGAAUGGGUGGUGGCGGAAUGGGUGGUGGCGGAAUGGGUGGUGGCGGAAUGGGUGGUGGCGGAAUGGGUGGUGGCGGAAUGGGCGACGGAGGGAAAGGAGGCGGCGGAAGCAUGAUGGGCGGCGAUGAAAUAGGUGGUGGAGGAGAUGGAGGGGGAAUGGGCGGAUUUAUGCCAUUCGCUCCUGGAUCAGAAGCUGGUAUGGGAGAUAUGGAUGAUGGCAUGGGUGCCCCUGCUCCCGGAUCAGAAGCUGGUAUGGGAGAUAUGGAUGAUGGCAUGGGUGCCCCUGCUCCCGGAUCAGAAGCAGGCAUGGGAGAUAUGGAUGAUGGCAUGGGUGCCCCUGCUCCCGGAUCAGAAGCAGGCAUGGGAGAUAUGGAUGAUGGCAUGGGUGCCCCUGCUCCCGGAUCAGAAGCAGGCAUGGGAGAUAUGGAUGAUGGCGUGGGUGCCCCUGCUCCCGGAUCAGAAGCUGGUAUGGGAGAUAUGGAUGAUGGCAUGGGUGCCCCUGCUCCCGGAUCAGAAGCAGGCAUGCGAGAUAUGGAUGAUGGCAUGGGUGCCCCUACUCCCGGAUCAGAAGCAGGCAUGGGAGAUAUGGAUGAUGGCAUGGGUGCCCCUGCUCCCGGGUCAGAAUCAGGCAUGGGUCCUGGAGGGGGCAUGGGCGGCGGAGGAACGGGCGGCGGAGGAACGGGUGGCGGUGGAAUGAGCGGCGGAGGAAUGGGCGGUGUAGGAACGGGCGGCGGUGGAACGGGCGGCGGAGGAACGGGCGGCGGUGGAAUGGGCGGCGGAGGAACAGGCGGCGGAGGAACGGGCGGCGGUGGAAUGGGCGGCGGUGGAACGGGCGGCGGUGGAAUGGGCGGCGGAGGAAUGGGCAGUGUAGGAACGGGCGGCGGUGGAACGGGCGGCGGAGGAACGGGCGGCGGUGGAAUGGGUGGCGGAGGAACGGGCGGUGUAGGAACGGGCGGCGGAGGAACGGGCGGUGGAGGAACGAGCAGUGGUGGAAUGGGCGGCGGAGGAAUGGGCGGUGUAGGAACAGGCGGUGUAGAGACGGGCAGCGGUGGAACAGGCGGCGGAGGAACGGUCGGCGGUGGAAUGGGUGGCGGAGGAACGGGCGGUGUAGGAACGGGCGGCGGAGGAACGGGCGGUGGAGGAACGGGGAGUGGUGGAAUGGGCGGCGUAGGAACGGGCGGUGUAGUAACGGGUGGUGCUGGAACGGGCGGCGGAGGAACGGGCGGCGGUGGAUCGGGCGGUGGAGGAACGGGCGGCAGUGGAACGGGCGGCAGUGGAACGGGCGGCAGUGGAACGGGCGGCAGUGGAACCGGCAGUGGAGGAAUGGGCGGCCCUGGAACUGGCAGCGGGGGAACGGGCAGCGGGGGAACGGGCAGCGGGGGAACGGGCAGCGGGGGAACGGGCAGCGGAGGCGGUAAUAUAAGAGGUGGUAAGGCUGGAGCUGCGUCUCCAUGA